UAUGAAGAUUUAUCUUCAGUAUUCCACAUUCUUGGGGAUAACCAAUCCUCAUAAAAUAAUUCAGUGUACAAUGUAAUUGUAAAAUUGUGCUGUUAUACCUCAACGGGUGCAAUUGCCUUGACAUCCCCAAUGUAAUUUGAUUUUAUUUCGAAGUUGAUAAUCCGGAAAUCGUGUCUUCUACCUGACAGAGGGGCGGCGUGCGUUGACGAGUCGAUAUUAAAACAAAUUAAUUCACUCUCAACAUUACGAAAAGGCAAGAGUCUGGUGAGAAAUGUCUUUACUCCACGUUAGCGCUUGUUUCCAGAGCACAAGUGGCCGUAUAUUAGUUUAGGUGAAGGUGGCACGUGAGCCGCUCAUGGCUAAAAGGCUGAAGAUGCUAGGUGGUGAAUCUUUUCAAUGGACGCCAAUAAUAUGCCAUGUGAAGAAAAGGGGACACAUUUAAACACCAGUCCGCCAUGAAUGACAACGAAUGUAAAUCCGGGGACGGCGCUUUCGUGUUUUUUUUUUUUUUUUUUUUUUUUGUAGCUGGCUAUUCCUAAUGCCUUUGUGUUUGCGUGACAAUUGAUUCCAAACGCGAUGACGUCACUGCCCCCUAUGGGAAAGUCGUGCUAAAGGGUGGCAGAAACAAAUCCUGUCAUGAAUAAAGGUGACUAUCAGCAAAUCGAGGCUGGCAAACCUGGAAAUUGCACGCCCGCCUCGCCGUGUUACCAACGCCGCGCGGAGGACCGCAGCAGCGAGCCCCCGAGAAGACCCAGGAGGAGGUGGGAGGUUCUCCCGGGGAAGAACCGCUUCUUCUGCAACGGACGCCUCAUCACAGCCCGCCACAGCGGUCUCCUGCCCCUGACCCUGGGCCUCAUCUUCAUCACAAGCGGAUUAUUCUUCACAUUCGACUGCCCUUUCCUAGUCCAGCACCUGACGAGCUGCAUACCCGCCAUCGGAGGAGUCCUGUUUGCGUUCGUGGUGCUCACGCUGCUGCAGACCACCUUUUCGGAUCCCGGCAUCCUGCCUCGAGCCACGCCGGACGAGGCAACCGACAUCGAAAAGCAGAUCGACAACGCCGGUAAUGCCAGCUACCGACCCCCGCCUCGCACCAAGGAGGUGCUCAUCAACCAGCAGGUGGUCAAGCUCAAGUACUGCUUCACCUGCAAGAUGUUCCGGCCCCCCCGCACCUCUCACUGCGGCCUGUGCGACAACUGCGUGGAGCGUUUUGACCACCACUGCCCCUGGGUGGGCAACUGCGUGGGCAAGCGCAACUACCGCUUCUUCUACGCCUUCGUCGUGUCGCUGUCCUUCCUGACGGCGUUCAUCUUUGGCUGCGUGAUGACGCAUCUGGCAUUGAGAACCCAGGAUGGCAAAGGUUUGGUUUUUGCCCUCCAAGCGAGUCCUGGCAGCGCCGUGGAACUGGUGAUUUGUUUCUUCUCUGUGUGGGCCAUCUUGGGCCUCUCAGGCUUCCAUACAUAUCUCGUAGCUUCCAACCUCACCACAAAUGAAGAUAUUAAAGGUACUUGGUCAGGGAAGAGCGGCGCCGGAGAUGUCACCAACCCGUACAGUCACAGGAACAUCUUCAUCAACUGUUGCGCCGUACUCUGCGGACCCAUGCCGCCCAGUUUGAUCAACAGACGAGGCCUCCUGCCCCCAGGCGAACCCGCUCGGCCCAACACGGACAUCGAAGUGCCAAUCGCGGCCAGCAAAAGCGGGAUAAAUACGUCUAAACACGGAGCUAAAGGUCCGCCGGAGUCCACCGCUCACACGCCGCUGCUGUCGGCCCCGUCCCCUCAGGGGUACCCGGGGUCGGCCCGCCCUCCGGCCACGAGACCCGACCCCGGGGCCGGCGUCCCCGCAGACUGCGGAUCGCGCGGGACCUCCGGCCCGCCGCUUGGCGACGCCGACCACGCGCGCCCCGCCAAGGCCAAAGCCAAGAAAACUAAAAAGCACGUUCCCAAGCGCAGCUGCGACGUCGCCGUGGCCAAAGGGAGGAGCCUUGAAGGUGCCGGCUCCUCCCCCCUUUCACCUCAGUGACACUUUAUUUAUAAUUUGAUCAACUUUUUUUUUCAGGGACACUUUAUUUAACAAUGGUGUAACAGCUGAAUUUGUUUUUGAAACAGAAGAGUGGCCGUGUGUACAGCUUGAUACAGGUACACUUUUUACCGAUCUAUUUAUUUAUUGUUUUUUGUUAUUGUAGAAAUGCCAUUUUUAAAAGGUAAGUAUGCCUUUUUAUUGGUGAAGUGAUGCACUAAAAACUUUUUGUUUUCUGGAUAUUCACGGGCAACUGUUUGAUUUGUGUCAAUGUUAAACACAGAUGACCAUUUUUUUUUUUUUUGUACUCAAAAUGAGUUUGCAUCUAUGAAUAUAGUGUAGAUAUGCACCUUGGUCAUGUUUACUUGUAAGACGACGACGUUUUCUUGUCCGUUUGGCCAAAUUGCACUAAGCCACCGAGCGCCAGAAAAGCUCGGUAGGCAAGUCGUACGUUGAAAAAUAUGUCCCGUUUAUACCCGCAUUGGAACCUGCAAAGCAAUAGUCAUAAAGAUGCGGUGAACAUUCCCCCACCCGGUUUGCGUUUUGAAGGAGAAGCAUGUCGUGCUGUGUUUGUAUGAAAAUGGUAAGAAUAUUAAAGCAAUCAAAAGCUAGA